AUGUUCUCCCCGCCCCUCCACCUCCACGACCGUGACCCCGUCUCCCACCCCCUCGUCCCCGCCUAUCCCUCCUACCAUCCCCCCGAGCCCUCCCCGCCCCGGAUGCCCCAGCCACACGGACAGGCCACGGCCACACCAUCUGCCUCUCCAGAGCUGUCGCCCGCUGCCGCUGCACUGGCCGCUGCAAAACGCCGUCACGAUCCACACCGGAGAGCGCAACCACAAGUGCCCGUUCCCCGGCUGCGAGACGCGCUGUUCUCGCCAGGACAACCUCCAGCAGCAGUGAGUCCCUUCUCGGCCUCUCCCUCGUCGCUCGUCGCUGUGGCGCACACACCGUCAUACCGUCGCAUCACUACCCGCUGCAGUGUUGCGCCUCGUUUGAUCGGUUCUAGUGCGCCGUCCUCGGGCGCUUGCCGCUGUGCGUCCGCGCCGGCCACAAGCCGAUUCGCGUCGGCGCGUAGCGGUCAAGCGUUAUUUCGAGCACGGCCACCGUCUCCUUCUGCGUAG